AUAUAAUAAAAAAUCCUUCUAGCUGGCAUUGCCACUCAUUUUCUGUGGAUUUUUCUCGCCAUUUUAAUGAACACCGAAUUUGUAAAUGCAUAAAAUCUUACUGGUUUGCAGGUGCCGAUACCCUACAUGAAUAAAAACCUCUCAGUAUUAGAUGGAUAUAGUCUUACGUUCAAUUCCAGUGCUCCACAUACCCAAAUAUUUACCCAGUGGGAAGAAUUCCUUUGUUCUGUUCAAAGGAUUGCAAUCUUCGUCGUCAGUGGCGUUCACGAAGAAAUCAAGGUAUCCCACGACGAGGUGUUUAUCACCGAAUAGGGAUAUCGGGGAAGGCUAUGAAGAUGCUGAUGUUGUUAGCUCAAAUCUAAAGGGGGAGUCCCUUGGAUUUCAGACUGUGUCAGCAGAAAUCACCCCAGUCACUGAUCAGUUCUUUUCUAGUGAUGCUGAAGGAGACCCAGAUCGUCCUUCAGAAGGUUUUUCUUCAAUUGAGCACGCUCUUGAUUCAAUUCGUCGAGGGAAGUUUGUGAUUGCUGUAGAUGAUGAAGAUAGAGAAAAUGAAGGAGAUCUUAUCAUGGCUGCUUCAUCUGUAACCAGUGAAGCAAUGGCUUUCAUGGUGAAACAUGGCACUGGAAUUGUAUGUGUUGGCAUGACAGAAGAAGACUUGGAGAGAUUGAGAUUGCCACUUAUGGUGCCCAAAAAUGAAGAGGAGACAUUUGUUACAGCUUUCACUGUGUCUGUGGAUGCCAAAGUUGGCAUAUCAACAGGUAUUUCAGCAGCAGAUAGGGCAAAUACUGUUCUAGCACUUGCUUCUUCAGAUUCUAAGGCAGAGGACCUAAGGCGGCCUGGUCAUGUUUUCCCAGUUAGAUACAAAAAGGGUGGCGUCUUAAAGAGAGCUGGGCACACAGAAGCUUCUGUUGAUUUGGUAUCAUUAGCAGGAUUGAAGCCUGUAAGUGUGCUUUCUCAGGUUGUUGUUGAUGAUGGAUCAAUAGACCGCUUAACAAGGUUAAACAAAUUUGCCAUGGAAUACAAUUUACCAAUCAUAUCCAUUGCAGAUCUGAUGAGAUACAGGAGAAAGAGAGAGAAAUUAGUUGAACAAACUGCUAUUUCUCAGUUGCCAACAAAGUGGGGCUCCUUUCAGGUCUAUUGCUAUCGUUCAAAACUUGAUGGAAUUGAACAUGUUGCCAUGGUAAAGGGUAAUAUUGAAGAUGGAAAAAAUGUCCUAGUGAGGGUGCAUUCAGAAUGUCUAACCGGUGACAUCUUUGGAUCUGCUCGGUGUGAUUGUGGGAAUCAACUUGCAUCAGCAAUGAAAGAAAUUGACAAAACUGGGAGAGGAGUAUUGGUCUACUUACGUGGGCAUGAAGGUAGAGGAAUUGGGUUAGGUCACAAACUUCGCGCAUACAACCUCCAAGAUGAAGGCCAUGAUACCGUAGAAGCUAAUGUGGAGCUGGGAUUAUCAAUUGACUCUCGUGAAUAUGGCAUUGGUGCACAGGAAUGAAAAACAUAAUUCAGAAUAUGGAAGAGCAGAUAAAGGAGAACUUGGAAUGAGACCUGAGUAGCUCAUUGCCUAGGAUGCUAGUAUGGUGCAUUGCAGUUUGAAAUAGGUGCAAAUUCUCAUGAAUCCAUAUGGCUCUGCACAUAGGAACAUAAAUGUAGUCAGCAAGGAGUUAAGUAAAUAUGUUAUAGUUGACU